GUGAGGUGGGGGGGGGGAGCGUUACCUGCCAGGUGGAAGUGGGUGCUGUUCUCCUAUUGGCCGGGAGCAGCAGCUCGUCAUUCGUCCCUUCAGGAUCUAAAGCGGUGGUUGAAGCAGCCGAGGAGGAAACGUUUCAGAUCUGGACCGGCGACCGCUUUGGGAAAGCCGUCAGAAAUCAGCUGUUGCAGCACUUGUUCCUGGACUACAAAGAUGGCCUCCGUUGCACCGUUCAGCCGCAGGCAGUGGGCGUCGCAGUCGCUGAGGGUCACCGCCAAAGAGCUGUCCAUCGUCUCCAGUCGGGGCAAAAGCACCGCCAUCGCAGAACGCUUCUCCAAGUACCAGAUGGCAGCAGAGGAGGGAAGUGCAGAGAGGAAAAAAACGGCGGUGGAACCGUGUCAGUUGCCUGGUGGAAAUCUGAGUGUUUUAAAGAAACGUUGGGAGCAGCAGCAGUCUUCCAACCACAGAGCUCCACCUCACCACCCCGCUGUCACUCGCACCCACAGCAGUUCAUCGCCGCUCGCCAGAGGCGCGCCUUCCUCUUUGAUCCAGACCCAAACCAAGGUGCUGAGAGCUGCAGGAUCCUCUCUGGACCAGGACACAGCGCCGGAGGUGCAGCGCCGUUCUGAGGCCAGAGCCGACCAGCUGACGGAGGAGCCGGAGGAUCGGACGGAGAUGGAGGCGAAGCCCGGCAGAGACGUGGAGGAGGCCGACGCAGCAGCAGCAGCCGAGGUGUCUGACAUGGAGAAACCCAGCGUUCCCAUCAACAGCCUGAAGAUGAUGUUUGAGAGAGGAGAAACCCCCGAUAAGGGAUCCAGAGAGCAGACGAGUCGUGGAAACAACUCUGCAAACAUGGACCAGCUGCUAGGAGAUGGAGGUCUGGCUGAAUCCACGCCCCUCCGGGAUCGGAUGGCUCUCUACAAAGCUGCCGUCUCCAAGCAGGAAGUGGCUAGCGAUCAUCUGGACGGGUUCUGUGGAAAACAGAAGGAGAACGUCCCGCCGUAUUCUCUGGAAAUGAGUCCGGAGUCUGAGCCGAACAGGAGAGUCUUUACCUCGGAAAGCAACGGUUCUGCCCCGGGGACGCCAUCCUCCAGUCAGAGAGACGCCUCUCAGGCAAAGACCCCCAAAAGCUUCCACCUGCCUGUGAGGGAGACCUGCGUGUCGUGUCAGAAGACGGUUUAUCCGCUGGAGAGGCUGGUGGCCAACAAGAACGUGUUCCACAGCUCCUGCUUCCGCUGCUCGCACUGCAACACCAAGCUGAGUCUGGUGAACUACGCCUCUCUGCACAACAACAUCUACUGCAAGCCUCACUUCUCUCAGCUCUUCAAGGCCAAAGGCAACUACGACGAGGGCUUCGGCCACCGGCCCCACAAGGAGCUGUGGGAGAGCAAAGGCGAGGGAGAGGAGACCCCCCCCCAGUCCGGCUCCGGCACCAAGGCCCAGAGCCCCGCCUCGGACCAGGAGAGCCCCAGCGUGGAGGACUCCCCCCUGGCCAAGGUGGUGGUCCUGACCGCCACCAUGGAGGCUCUGGGCCAGGCCACGCCGGAGAAGGCCGACAAACCGGCAGAGACCCGGCGGCUGAAGAUCUCCUGGCCCCCCCGCACCGAGGCGGAGGACACGCCCGGCCGCGGCGGGGCCGCCGACGGGGGCUCCGCCACCAAGCCCAUCAAAGCCAAGUGGCCCCCGGAGGAGGAGUCUCCAUCCUCGCCCCCCGAGCCGAGCAGAGCGUCUCCCUCUAUGCUGCAGAGCUCGUCCCUGAAGGAGCGCAGCGUCGCCUUCUCUGGGGCCGGCAGGCGGAGUCCUCCUCCUGCAGAGGAGUCCGACGCCUCCACCAGGGGGCAGCGUCACCACGACAGCGCCGCAGAGGAGGAGCAGGAGAUGAAGAGCGACACGGCUGAGGAGGAGGAGGUGGAGCAGAUGGAGGAGGAGGAAGCGAAGGGCGAGGAGAGCCUGGCGGAGCCGAAGUCCGUCUCCUCCCCUGAAGACGACGUGGAGGCCAGCCGGUCGUCCCAGGAUGUGGGCUUCUGGGACAGCGACGAGGUGGAGGAGGUGGAGAAGGAGGAGGAGAGAAGGAGGAGGAGGAGGAGGAGAAGGAGGAGGAGCAGGAGGUGCUGACCGUGGAGGAGAUGAUCAAGAGGAACAGAUUCUAUGGCGAAGACGCGGAGGAGGAGGAGGAUGUGUGAAGCUGACCCUCGGCUUGUCGGGACUUCUUCUUCUGACCAUUCCUGCUUGUCUUAAAGGGCCGGCGUCGCGUCGAGCUGUUUUCAUGUGCCUCAUUGAACAGCCGGGACCGCCUAAAGCCACCCUUUGUUCGGCUUUAUAAGAAAUUUCCAAAAGUUCUGUUACUUUUUCUGUGUUUUUUUUUUUUAAAAACUGCUUAAAUGUGUCAAACAUGCUGAAUUAUUUUUUAAUUGUCGGGACGUUGGAGAAACGUUUUUAGUAAUCUGCUGCCUGUCAGCUCUGCCGGCUCUUCUUAAUAAUUUACCUUUUUAAAUGGAUUUAAACCAAAAGUCUCCUGGAUCCUUCCUGUCGGCUUCAGUUGUUCUAGAGAAUCCUUUCUCCACUUCCUGGUAUAAAGUCUUCACCUGUCGUCACUUUGAACCUUUGCUUUUAAACGUUUAGAACUGGAUUUAAUAAUGUUUUGUUUUUUUUUAAAGCCAAGGGAGACUAAAAUCCCUGCUACUGUUUAAAUAAAUUGUUAUAUACAAA